AUGGUUAUGAGAGAUUUAAGGGGAAUGAGAAAGAGGAGGGAAAGAGAUCAGAAGUUUCAGGCCCGGCCUCUGCAGCAGCACUGCUACUGCUCUUCAGCUGCUCCUCAAACAAGCACAUCCACACCAUCUGCUUCAUCAUCGUCACCAAAAUCUUCAUCACCAUCACAAUCAUCUACCCAGCCAUCAUCGUCAUCUCAGUCAUCAUCAUCGGUUUCAUCAUCCACCUCCAGCACGACAGCUACCAGCACCCCCACUACAGCAGUAACCCCGUCAUCGGACCCCGCCCAAGAUAAGGCUGUGACCAAGGCAACGAGUAUGAACCCCGUCCUGGAUGUUGGCCCUAAUGACGAGGAUGGCUUCCGGGAGAGAUUCAUCCCUCUCUCCAGACGAUCUCUCAUCAGGGAACUAAUGCAGGAGGAUGACUUUCUUACCGACGCCGAGAGGAGACGGUUUGAGGAGUUUGCCAUCGCCAUGGACAAUGCCAUCAGCAAACAGUACCAUGGUGUCUUAGCAGAACUAAAGCAACUGUUUGAUCCUGUAAACCCAGAUAAGGACACCAUAGCUAACCGAUUACUUGGGAAACGGGAGAAAGAGGACAGUGAGUUCUGGUUGAUGCAGAAACUCCAGGCUCUGAUGGAGAGUGCCAACUUCCAUGAGCUUCCAAGCCAUGUUGUGAAGAAGGCUCUUGAUGAACAUAUGGCAGGAGAAGGGGUUAAUGUUAGCGUGAAUCCAAAGAACUAUCAGACCCUUAGAUUCUGGGCUCUAGGCAAGGAACUACCUGCGGACACCACUCCCUGGUACAAACGUCUGUCAAAGUCGGCCUUCUACAAGGCAUCCAAGAGGUCACCGCCUGCUCCUGUCCACUUCUACAAGCGCAUUGUUGUCGCUGUCAAACCAAAGGGCCAAGACAAGCUCAUGCUAAAGAUGUUUAAAGAGAUACCCACAGGAGCGAUAGAGCAGUUGCUUCCUGAUGGCAAGAUAAAGAUGAGUGGGUUUGAUCAAGGUCUCCUGAUGGCUAUGGCAUCCAUCGGUUCCCUCAGCUUACUGAUGAAAGCUGUUACAUUUCUAGCUGACAUCCAGCUUCAAUGGACACUUAUCGCUGCCACAGCAGCCGGUAUCUUUGGACUUCGUGGGUGGAACAGUUACAAGAAUCGACGUACUAGAUAUAUGAUGCAGCUAUCCAAGACUCUUUAUUUUAAGAACGUUGCCAACAAUAGAGGGCUCCUUGCGUUGGUCGUUGACAGGGCGCAGGAUGAGAGCUUCAAGGAGUGUCUGUUGGCUUAUACCUUCCUGCUCACAAACAGACCUGACACAGUGAGGGAAGCAGCAAACAGAGAUCCAACAAGUCUUCCUCCACUAUUAGGUGGUAUAUCUGGUUCAGCCCUUGAUAAGACCAUUGAACAAUGGGUCCAGGAAAGAACAGGUACCACCAUCAGCUUCAACUCCAAGACUGCCCGCGCAAUCCUGGAGGACUUUGGUAUCCUCUACGCCGAUCAGAAUGACGACCUUGUUGUCCUCCCUCUGGAUGCUGCUGUCUUGGGUCUCCCACGUCAACCAGCUUCCAUGGCAACGAGAACAGAAGAAGUGGAGCUUGAGGAGGGGUACGACAAGAUCUUCAGUGAGGAGGAGAAGACCUACAAGAAAGAAGAAAAAUUACAAAGGAGACAUGGGUGGUCAUAGGCAAAGAUUAGUUUUUAAAUUUUACCGUAAUAUGAAAUAUUAUAUUAAUUGUGUUUGUUAAAUUGUUUCUUUUGCAAUAAGAAGAUAUUUUCUCACGAAGUGAGCGAGGCACCUUAAAAGAAUUACAAUUUUACUACUGUGUCCAAUAUCAGGAAUCCUGUUAUAGAGGCAAUAAGCAUCUUUCACAGUAACUUUCAUUAUUUUGACCGCAAAUGCAAAGAUUGCUAUGGAAAAAAAAAAUGCUUGUUGGACUCCUGCUGGAAAAAUCUAGUUGUACAUUUAGUAAGGUGCCAUAUGCUGAUUCCCACCCCAGGGAAUUAAAAGGAAGGGUUUUGAUAGUACCCUUCCAAGGUUUAGUCUGACAGUAAUGUCUACUUCAGGGACCGCAAUAAAGUCAAAAGACAAUUUGACAGUCGCCAUCAAUGGUUGUACCUGAUCAUAAUAUCUUCAAAGGUGUCAAAGUGUUUGAAAUCUCUUUGCAGCAUAGUCAAUACUUUUUCAAAUACUAAACGUUCUGUGACCUCUCUGACAUGCUUUCCAUGAAAGUGUUUUUAGCAUGACUUUUAAGUAAUAGCUCAUAUUUACCUAGGUAGCCACUUCAGCUAUUAGCUGAUCUUCCAGUGGGCUCUGCAUAACAUAUGUUAUUAUCAUCCCUCCCCAUCCUCAUAAUAUACUGAGUGCUUGGCUAGAUUGCAGAAGGUCCAAUUUUUUGGAAGUCUUUGGUAUGACUUGGCCAGGUAUUGUACUUACGGCCUCCUGCCAUGACAUCAUUUUCCCCCCAAGUAUUCAAGGGAAGCAAGGAGACGUACUCCUAGGAUCACUGCAAAAUGUAUGGCCGGUUUCUGAAGGGGGGGGGGGGGGGAUGCAGCAUCUUAUUCAUUCAGGAUUUGUCAUAUCACAAAUCUUUUUCAAAACAUUAGUAAAUGUACACUACACAUGACUAUAAAGUAUGCUUAUAUUUGUUAGUACUGAUUUUCAUCCUAGAUUUCAUUAAACCAUGUUUGUUUUAUGUGAAUAUGUCAGAACAGAAAUGAUUAAACACGUAAAGUAUUACUGUCGAAA